AUGCCGGCUAGUCUUCUCUACGAGUUUGAGCCACAGGCCAACUUCAGCAAGCACCACCACCACUCCUCUUCUCUUCACCAUUCUUCUCAUCACAAUGGCAGCAACGGCGCCGCAGCUCAGCUCGAGGACCGGAGAGCCUUCGAGCUCGCCCUGGAGCUCAGUCUUCUCGGCCUGGGCACGGACAAUAACAACAGCAGCAGCAGCAGCAACGGUCUUCUAAAUGGUCACCACCAUCAGCAAACACAUCCGCUGAAUCCCUUCGAAUCCGAGUCGCGCAUUGGCGCCAAGAAGAGCCAGAACACCACCGAGUGCGUUCCGGUGCCCUCUUCGGAGCACGUGGCGGAGAUUGUCGGUCGACAGGGUUGCAAAAUCAAAGCCCUUCGCUCAAAGACGAACACGUACAUCAAGACGCCGGUGCGCGGCGAGGAGCCCGUCUUCGUGGUGACCGGCCGCAAGGAGGACGUGGGCGCCGCCAAGCGGGAGAUCCUCUCCGCGGCGGAGCACUUCAGCCAGAUUCGCGCUCAGCGGAAGAACAACCCCGGCUCGGUGGGCCCCGCUCCGAAUGCCCACCUGCCCGGCCACGUGACCGCCUCUGUGCGGGUGCCCUACCGCGUGGUGGGCCUGGUGGUUGGCCCGAAGGGCGCCACCAUCAAGCGCAUCCAACAGCAGACGAACACGUACAUCAUCACGCCCUCACGGGAGAAGGACC